AUGGUAAAUUUUCCGAUUGGUCCAAUUUUUAUAACGAAAGAAUUUUAGAAAAAGCGUUAUAAAUGGAAGAUCUCCGUACGAACUUAUGAAGAGAAGUUCUGUCAAAUCAAGAAGAAAACUAAAUUUCUUCUGGAUCGUUAUCCUUCGAGAAGAUCUUCCUCCCUUUAGUAAGAUAAGAAAAAAAAAAAAAGGAGAACAAAAAAAAAAGAAAAAAAUGAAAAAAUAACAAAAACUCCUUCCCCCACUUCUAUUGUCCCCCUUAGGUAAUCAAUCUCUUUUUAUUGUUCUCGAUAUUUAUUUUACUUUGUAUAUCAAAAACAUGGAGCGUCUUGAAAAAGCUCUUCAAGACGACUUCAUUGGUGAAAAACAUGUAUUGAAAUCAAUUCUCAUCCAUUUCUUUCCGCGUUUCGAUACAUGAUCUUUUUCACCAUUUUCGAAUCAAAUUUUUCCAUUCAAACGCUUCCAAAAGUUCAUUUUCACUGUUUCGGAGCAUUUUUUGACUUCAAAAGACCUGUUUUUCGCUUUUUCCCUGGACACGCCAUUCAAUUAAUUUCUGAGUCAAAAUUCAAACAUUUUGGCUCAAGAAAUUCAUAUUUCAGAAGUGUCCAAGGAAAAAUUCAUUUUUAAUCAACUUCUUUCCAUCCAGUCUUUCAGAACUGUACGAAUUGUCAGUUUCUGAGAAUUUUUUGGCGUUUUUCAGCCUUUCGAGACAUUUUUUUUGCUUUUUCCCUGGACACGCCAUCACAACAUUUUCCGAAUCAAAAUCCAAUCAUUUUUGCUCGGAAAAGUCUCAUUUCAACAGUGUCCACGGAAAAAAAGACAUUUUUUCAUUCAUUUCGAAUCUCUACGAAAUUUUUGAACUCAAAAAAACAAUUUUAUUUUUCACUUUUUCCAAACAUUUCCGUUUUUUUACAAUGAACACGCAAAAGCUUUCACAUUUCGAUUCAAGUCGUGAUCAUUGUGAAAAACCAAAAAAACUCAUCAAAAAAAUAAUUCUUAUAUUUAGUCGUUGCGGAAAAUUUCAUUUUCACUGUUUCGAAGCAUAAUUUUUGGCUUUUUUUAGACUUUUCAAGACAUUUUCUCAAUUUAAUCUUUGGACACGCCUUUUCACUGACUUCUAGGCGAAUUUGCAACAAUUUUUGCAGAAGGAAUUGGUAUUUCAAUAGUGUCCAACGAAAAAAAAUUUGUAAAAAAAGAAUUUUUUUCGGUCCUUCGAAGCUGUACGAGUUCUCAGUUUCGGAACACGUUUUCGUUUUUUUCAAACAAUUUUCGUUUUUUUCGCAAUCAACACGAAAAAAACACUUUUUUUGUUUUUCAGUAACGUCGUGGAAACCGAAAAAGUAAAAAAAUUUCAUUUUUUUCAUUUUUCUCAAAAACGUAAUUGCUUUCAAUAUUUCUGAAAAAGAAAAUUAUUUUGAAUUUCCUAUUGCAUAAAUCAUUAUAAAACUUUUUUUGAAUCAAUUUUUCGAGAAAUUUAGUUUCAAAAUAGCUAUUUUCAGUUUUCCAAAGGGAAAAAAAAAUGUUCUGGUUUCCCAAAAAUAGUAAAAUUUCAUUCUUUCUAAACAUUUCUCUUGCUUUUCGAAAUGUUCAGCUUCAGUCGGUCAGCUGAAACUCUUGGUAAUGAUUCCAAAAUUUAGUGACUAGAAUAAAUGGGACUUUUCUUCGUCUUUUUUUCAAUUUGAUUCAAAUUUAAGUUUUUUUUGCUGGGAGUCAUGAAAAUUUUAGCGUUUUUUGGCUUUCAAAAUGUUUUUGCGAAUACUGAGAAAGUUUUCAAAAUUGAAAAUACCUUUUUUUACGGUUGUAACGCCCUAAAUUACCCUGAGAGAACUUUCAGGAACCCCAAUAUUUCGGUCGUUUUAUGAUUCAAAGUGUUAGAAAGAAAUUGAAUACCAUGUAGACUUUGAAAGUAAAAAAUAAAUUGAAGGAGGAUGGACUUUUUUGAACGUUUAAAUCGGAGGAGGAGGAUUUUAAAAUAUCAGAAUAUUUCUCUUAAAAUCACUAAGGAUUUAAAAGUAAAAUAUCGACUUUGUAAUAUUUAUAAAACUGGAGGAGGAUGGAAUUUUGUAAACUUUAAAAAUCGGAGGAGGAGGAACUUUUUGAUAUCAAAUUUCUUGCUAUUAGAGAAUAUUUUCUGAGUAGAACUUCAAAAUGGAGCAAGGAUUUCCUUAUUAUUUUUUUAACUUUUCGAUCAACAGUACUUAUUUUCAAUAGCUCAUAUAAAUUGACGAGAUUUUUUCUUAAUUCCGUGUUUUUUCUUCACUCGAAGUCUCUCAACCGGCCGAGGCUACCCUAGAGUGUACACGGCGUCCGUGCCCGAUCUCCGCCAUCACCGCCGUUCCCGUACCUGCGAAACUGAGGGAUCUACUUGUGGAAGAACGAGGCGAAGGACCGUAAGACCCUGCUUUCAAUUCAAUCGACUACACGUUUGACUUUUUUCGCCAAAGGAGGUGUCAGUACCGCUCAAAAGAGCAAUUUUUUCACCGCCUAGUCGAUUCCAUCUGACUAAAACAACCAAUUAAUAUUGAUGAAAUUUUGAUUAUUUAGUAAACUACGGAUUUCGCAUCGAAAGUUACCGUUUUUUCUUUUAAACAAAAACUGUUUUUUUUUUCUAAUUUUGAGCGAGUUUUCGAGUUCUUCCGGAGAAAAGGAUAAUCAGGAAUUAUUUUGCCAAAAAAAUUUCAUUCUCAAAGUUACUGUUUUUGGAGGAACUUCGAUAGAAGAAAAAACUAGCUCUCUCCAAAAAACACCAUUUCAAAGUCUUUUGUUUUCGAAAAACCGUAAGGGGUUAGAUAAUGGGGUGGGAUCAAGUAAGUUUGAAACAGUUUCUGUACCGAGUUAAUUGACUUUUUUUUCAGACCGGUUACGGUAGAAGAGAUCCGGAGGACGGAGAUGCAAGCCGGGAAGAGUUCCUGUAGCGCAGUCCGAGUGCGUCACGGUGCUGAUCUUGCGUGGCUAGUUCAAACCUUUUUCUUUGCGAAAAUUCUUUUUUUCAUAAUUUCCGUCAAUCUCAAAAUUUAUGAGUAUGUUUUUGAAGAUCAAAACCCGGUUAAUUUGGAAUUUGGCGAUCGACAACUUGUUUUUGAAGGGCGAGAAGACUUUUUUUUUAGCGUCUCGGAGCUUUUACUUACUUUUAUCAGAAUAUGAAAAUUCAAAAAAGUUUCUAUUUUUGGAUUGAAAAUGUUAAAUAUAACCGAAUUUGUGAAAAUCAGUAGCCAUGCAAGAAAUAAACUCGGAAAAAAAAAACCUUGUAUGGAAACUUUCCUUCUAUCUAGAAAUUCAGACCUCACGAAAUGACGGAAAAAGAGAGAGACAGCAAAAAUGUUUCAUAAGAGCCUAUUAAAUCGCCCAGAAAAGUCACACCGAAAAAAUCUUCGAUAUUCUGCAUGGGGUCCUUGCAAGAAAUUUUCCAGUUGCCUUUUUGGACCCCCAGAAAGUCUUUCCGAAUUCGUUUAAAAUUGUUCAUCUCCAAAAUCAUCAUCCGAGAGCGACGUUUUAGAUCAAAAAAUCGGAAAUUUUUCUUUUGAAAUGGACUCAGUUUCAUAUUACCAUCCAACGAGAUGAGUUCAAUACAAACCGUUGAGGAACCUCUAAGGCAGGCCCCCGUUGGGCGGAAACGACAUAAUUUACCGGAGAAGGUGCUCUACGGUGACUACUGCCGUUAGUCUUUAUCGCUUCGAGUGAUCUCCUGGAUUUGAAAGGGUCUGUGCGCGGGUAAAAUAUCCGCGGGCGCUUACUGGCCAAUAUGUUUUUUGAGAAAAUGAUUUUUCAGAUUUCGAAUUUCUAUAGCUGCUUCAGUUUUAUUUUCAAAACGGUUGAGCUGUACAAAAAAGGAAUGAAUAAAAUUAUAGCCAAAAAUAUAAAAAUUCUCUAGCUCUCUCUAUCAAGUUUGGUUUAAAUUAAUUCUCCGAAAUCCAUGUCAGUCGUCUUGAGCACGCUUGCGCGUCAGGCUGGGCGGCCUGUCCCGGGUGGGCAACUGAAAAAACUGAAAAUAGACAAAAUGCGAAAAAAAAGAAAAAAUUUUGAGUAAAUUUGAAAAAAAUGGUAGCGAAGUUCGAGAAAGAGAUCAUUUCAAUUCAUUUAGAACUCUCAGAUAAAAUACAGUCCCCCAAAAAUUCUGAGAAGAGUUGAAAAAUGAUUUCAAAAAAAGCAAACCAAAAGUUUUCAAGUCUUUAUUUUUUUUUUGAAGAAUAUUGGGGGCAUAACAUUUAGGGUGGGAUCAGGUAAGUUCAACAUAUUUCUAUUUCUGAGUUCAUUGACUUUUUUCAGGACGGCCACGAGAGAAUGGAGCGCCUCUACACAACGGGUCGUGGGUUAGAGGUAGGAGGAAAUUUAAAAAAUUGAGAAAUUUGGCCAAGUUUCGAAAAAGUAGGACGCGUCUAGAAAAGUGCAAACUCGCGGCCAAAAAUAUGAGAGAAAAAAAAGCGAGAUGUUUGCGAGCUCGUCAAUGUACCGCCAGUGUCUCACGUUUAUCACGGCAGUUAUAGUCUGUUCAGAUUUAUUCAAGUGCAAUGACGUCAUUGAAAAACGCUCUGCGGGUGGCUCGCUCUCUGAUUGGUUUAUCGCAUCAUUAGGGACGGAGCUUGAGCGACGACUUGACAUUCAAAAUCUGAACAGACUAUAUUCUUCGUGAAAAGACGCUAAAACGUGUUUCAUUUCGAAAUUCCCGUUUGCGUUCGAAACUUGGUUGGGGUCAAUUAAGCAACGAAAAAAGUGUUGCUAGGACAUUUUCCUAGUUCAUAAACCCGGAAAGUGAAAAGUAAAGCUCGGCAAAAAUUCGAAUAAAUAGAAAAACUAGCAAUUUUUUAAAACUUAUAAAAUUUUUAAAGCACAUGCAGAUUUUCGCGCGGGUGUAAACACAUAGUGCGCCGUCGGUGUUUACGAACUCAUUUUUUAAUACAUUUUUGUACUAAAACGGAUAUUUCACGCCUUUUCUACUCAAUUAAACCUAAAAUUGCAACUGAUCAUGUUUUUCGUGGACGCUUCUUUUAUUUUGAAUUCUUCUCGAGCGAAACUUUAUAUUUUUCGAAGCGUUUCAGCUUCAAAAAAAAUCAUUUCAGUUUUUCCAAGCGAAUUUUCUUGAACUUGCAUCAAACUAUCUUCCAAUUAUGGUUUAUUUCAUUACUUUUCCGCUGAUAAACGUAGAAUAUUUUACAAGUGUUAUUCUCAUAAACGAAUUCAAAAAGUUAGAUAACGUGAAAAGAUCUUAUUUCGGUUUGGUUCAGCUGGGAAUUUCGCGAAGUCGUCUGAACCUAUGGACUUUUAGGGUAGUCUGCAGCAAUUGGCGCGAUUGAAAAGCUUCGGAUUGCCUUAGAUGCUGGAUUAUGCAUUAUGAACCAUAGUUUGAGUUAUUUCAGUCUGUUAUUUGCAUCGGAAUAAAAAUUCGAAAAAUUCAUAGUCUGCUUUUUACCUUUUUCAUUCAUUGGUUAUUCAAUCUUUUGAAUUCAGAAGUGAUGGCGAGAUGGCGACAACGGGAACUUCAGCGAGUGAAACUCGAAAGGAAGAUCUAUCGGUUUAAUAACAAAGGUUUUUUCCAAUGUACAAGGUUGUCAAUUUCCAGCCCUUCUCGCAUUUUUGAAGAAGUUCGACGAGCUGACCUUUUGAUUCGCGUCCAGAAGCUGUCAAACUAA